GCCGGCGGGCCGGAAGGCGACGGGAAGGAGCCGGGCUGGGCCAUGGCGGAGCCGGGCUGGGCCAUGGCGGCGCCGGGCGCGCUGCUGGUGAUGGGCGUGAGCGGCUCGGGGAAAUCGACCGUGGGCGCCCUGCUGGCAUCCGAGCUGGGAUGGAAAUUCUAUGACGCUGACGACUACCACCCGGAGGAGAAUCGAGUGAAGAUGGGAAGAGGGAUUCCACUGAACGACCAGGACAGGAUUCCAUGGCUCUGCAAUUUGCAUGACAUUUUACUAAGAGAUGUAACCUCAGGACAGUGUGUGGUUCUCGCCUGUUCAGCCCUGAAGAAAAUGUACAGAGACAUCUUAAUAAGAGGAAAAGAGGGUGCAGCUCUGAAGAGUGAGGAAUUGGGAAAGGAAGAGAAGCCCGGUGACGUGCCGCUCUUUGUGGUCCAUCUUAGCGGGUCGUUUGAGGUCAUCUCUGAACGCUUACUCCAAAGAAAAGGACAUUUUAUGCCCCCUGAGUUACUGCAGUCCCAGUUUGAGACUCUGGAGCCCCCAGCAGCUCCAGAAAACUUCAUCCAAGUAAGUGUGGACAAAAACCUUCCAGAGAUGAUUGCUACAAUAAUGGAAACUCUAAACCUGAAAUGAAAAUCAUUCUGUAGCAAUGGUCUGGACAGAAUUAGGCAUAAAUCUCUAUCCCAUCCCAAACAUUAUUCUAGUCUCCUGGCCCUUGCUGUAUUCUAAAUUCUCACGGUGAACAAACCCUAGUGUGUCAAGAUAGACUUGUCUGAUGCAUUUUUAGGAAUCACGUGCUGGCACAUCCAGAGAAAAGGGAGAGGGAACUUUAAGAGUCAAGUUUAAAUUCAUCUGUGACCCAAUCAAAUGAUCAGAGGAAAUUCUGUAAUCAAUGAUGGAAAUCAUGUUUAGAACAUUCUUGCUCGUGCCUGUAUCUUUACAAAUAAAUGAAACUUGGCAAUC